AUGAGUACUGAACGACCACAGCGCAAGGUACCUAGGCUCGAUCAACGUGGCUUGCUCUGUUUAGACGACGACGACGACGACGACGAGAAACUCAAGAGUAGAGCCCGACCAGCAGCGAAAGCCGCAGCGAAGUCGGCCGCCAUUUCGACUACGAUUUUCUGGACAUCCAAGUCGAGGCACGCAAUUGAUGGGCGCAGCUAUUUCCUUCCGACCGAGGAACUGGAACGGAAUGACAUUUGGGCCGAUCGAUUUUUCGGUACAGUACAAGCGGAGCAGAAAGAGAUCGGCCAGGCAUCUGAUUUCAUCGCAAGUACCGAACAGAGAGGUCCCAAGACACAUUUAUUGUUUCUGAUCGCCCGUGCUCACAAGCUGUUGGCCACUAGGCGGUCCCGAAAACCGCCGUUCGGCAUCCAGGGACGAUAG